GCCGGAGUCGCGAGCGGGCAAGACAUCUAGUCCAAGGUCGUUGCGCCCGAUACCGAUGGCGACACGUAUGACGACGACGUUCAUGUAUCGUGCUGUCGACUUUGGUGUUGGCGCUGCGUGCCAAAGCUACUUCUACAAGUCUUGGCCGAUGAUGUGAGGCAUAGCCUGAUGUUGCGAUGCCCUGCUCGUCCACAACGAUUGCUCAAGACGUCUACCCGCACUGGCACCAAGUACUGCGAGAGGCAGACGUGACUGCGUUGCCAACGCUACCUUGCCUUGCGCUUCUGCCACGCCCUUGCUGUUGACGCCAGCAAGUCGCGAGAUGCAUGACGUGGCGCGUCCAUAACGCAUCGCAGUUCCAUUGGUCGAAAUGCACGUCUUUGGCCCAGUAUGCGCUACGCUGAUUGGUCCGUGUGAUUGGCGUCGCUUUAGCCAGGCCAUUUUGCGCAGCAUGCGACCGAGUCCGAGCCCGUGGUGGCACCUCCCGGCCGUCGUCACCAGCAUCGCCGCCCUCUCGUACGUCGUGUACCGCGCGACGACCGAGCCAGCGCAUGUGCAGCAGAAGAAGAAGGCGCUGCAGCUGCUGGACGAGGUGCAGACCAUCGUCGACGCCGUGCGCUCCAAGCUCGACGCACUCGAGGUGGACGUCAAGGCGUUCCUAGCACCGCCGGCCGAAGAAGCCGCCGUCGACGAUGGCAGCCUGAAUUCUUAUUACCAUUUCGACUCGACAGGGAGAAAGCUCAAGACAAAGUGGGAUUCUUUCGAUGUCGACGCAGAGCUGGAGCGUCUCGACCGCGAUACUGAUGAGGCACCGCCCGCGCCACGCCGAACAACGUCGCGGCCCACCAAGGCGCAGCUGGAACAGCGCGCCGGCGGCCUCGAAUUCGAGUUUGAAGCUGUGCUCGGGUACCUCGAUGCAUCGAUCCGCGGCGACGACGACGUGCGUAUCGUGCGCAAGCAGAUCGUCGGCGCCAUCAACGACACCCACCUCAAGCGCAUUGAUGCGUUGCGCCAAGCACUCGCCGCCAACUAAUGACAAUAUUCUCCACUGUCGUUAUCUUCAAAUGAACAUAUUUGUGUUCCGGA